AUGAUAUACAAAGCCAUAAUAUGUUUUGAAAGAAUAGAACUCGAUGCAGAUUUCCAAAAGCAUUCUGUUGACCCGGUGAGAGGGGUCUGGCUCCAACAUAACCCCCCAGUGAACCUCCUCGCCCUUCUCGCAGUGAGUCGUCAAGUUUACGACGAGGCACGCCGAGUACUUUAUACCUUCAACUCGUUUGUUUUCCACGGUAAAAAGGCUCUGUGUGUGUUUCUUUUCGGUAUUGGGAGUCACAACGCCUCUCUCCUGCGGUCUGUCAAAUGGAAAAGUGAUAAUGGCCAGUACGAGAACCAUGUCGACACGAUUAAGGAGUACAUGACGCAACGCCAAAAGUCUGCUCAAGAAUCGCAUUCAAAAAGGAAUAAACUCAACAUCUGGAACGAUGAUAACCAGUUUGUGGAAUUCCUAAAGAUAAUUAGGAGCCCGGGACCUGAUGAAUGGGGCCACACCCAUCGUCUGCUGCGGCGAGAUUCUGAAGAUGUGCUGACUACGGACUAUUUUAGCCGCUAUAUAUUUAAUAUCCACUGUUUCGAGGGCAAAGAAUCGAUGAGGAAUGCUAGGGCAGCAUAUGAAUUAUGCUCACGCGUAGUCAAGAGGGGCGACCCCGUAUCGAGCGCGGCUCUUCGGGCUCUCGGGGAUGAAGACGUGUAUAGAAGAGAUCGAGAACGACUUUGA